AUGGCUUGUGCGGUAUGCGAGCACUGCCUCAGCCCCUUAAUGCCACAGGAGAAAACAGCCAUUCGUCAAGGGUUUAGCUACCACAAGAAAUGUCUUAAAUGUUACGUCUGCAGCGAAACCAAUCUCCAUAACGCCGAAGUGUUCAAGGGUGUUAUAUUUUGCUUUUCAUGCGCGCAAAGGAUCUUCCAGGGCUGUGCAUCCGCGAGGAAGACCAGACAGCAAGUCAAUAGUCGGUUAAAGCGACCAAACUCGAGGUCACGAAGCUAUGCGAAGCAACUUAUCAAAGAAUUACAAUCUACAAAGAAACCAACGCAACGUGACCCCACAAAGAGAUCGAGAUCAAAACUGCGCAGGAAACGCGAAAGGAGCCGAUUCCAAGAGAAACAUCGGGACAGACUCUUUAAUUCUGUUAUAGAACGAGCCCAAAUGGGUACUCAAUCGACUUCGGACAGUGAUCACUCCAAGGAAACUAAUAAGACUGUUGUCCAAAGCAAACCGGCAGUGAUCGCUGAACUACUUCACGUUGAGAAAGACGUUUCUUAUGAUGUGCCAUCUCAGAAGAGAAUUAAACAACCAAGCGUUGAGAUCGGCGUAACAACAGAUGUAACUCAGCUACUGUUAAAACAGAUCAAUGACUACAUGCAACCAAUGGUCAAUUCCAGUAAACCAUCUACAAAAAUAAACAUGAUUCCUAUUGACCCACACGUCUCUCCACCCAUCUCUCCGCCCAUCUCUAAGCCCCAGCGACCCAUACCCAAGAAACGGAAACCUCACAGGAGAAGGCCCACGUCUCCGAAGCCUCCUAAGCCUGAACAAAAACCAGUAUACAGUGAUCUGAGGAUAGCAGAACUUGGUGUAUCAACUGAGAUAGCAAACAUGGCGCUACGAAAAAAAUCGGAAGUUCCUGUCAUAAUUAAAUCGGACAAGCGUCCAUUGGAUACACGCAGUCUUUCGAUACUCGAUCAAGAAUCUGAUGAAUCUGGCCACGAAUGGAUGGACUCUGCUUAUAGCACACUCAACGAGUCAGAUAAACCGAACUGUUUGGAUAGACGAUUACGGAGCAUAUUGAAGAUACCAUACAAAUUUUUUAAGAGAAACAUAUUAACUCGCAGUUCUCAGAUAAGCGUGUUGAUGAGUAGCAAGCGCGGUGGUAAAGUAACGUUAGCGCAAAAAAUCAAAAUGAUGUUUUAUGAAGAAAUUACAGAACACCGAGGACGUGGGAUGCAAAGACUCUACUCCACCAUCAACCGAAGAAAGAUACCGUACAAACUAGGAUGGGUGGAAUUUGCUGCGAGUGUGUCAGGAUCUAAAAACGGUAGAGUUCUUGAUGGCACAGUCACACAAAAGAGAUGCAGACACCUUAAUUCCCACAGCUACAAGUGCAUGAGAUCUCAAGCUUUAAGACUCGCUGGGCCCACUAGCAGCGAGUUAGCACGUAUUCGAAAGAAAAUCAAAAGUAUUGCUGUACCCAAAGUUAUGAAGACUAUUGCGAAUUUUUUUAUAAGUCAACCCCAAGAGGAAAAUCGAAUCCAACAGCUACAAAAGGACUAUGAUAUCCAGACCGUAUACCAGGCUGAAACGGCUAAUCCUGCGCCACAGUGGAACAGCAUGGGCAAAACUUACGUUCACUUGUAUAGCAUGCUUAGAUGA